AUGACAGCCCAAGAAGGUCCGACGCAGCAGCAGCUGCAGCAGGAGGAGACCCUUAAGGAGUCCCUAAGAAGUGCAGGUAUCUCCUUCAAGGCACACAGACACCCGAAGGCGUGCACAGUGGAGGAGUUAAUUACAGCUGUUGGUCACUUGGGAAUCCCCGUAUGCAAGAAUCUUUUUCUGAAGGACAAGAAAGGCAGCUUGUUCCUCCUUACGGCUCUCCACGACUCGCCGACCCCCCUGAAGGGCCUAAUGAUGAAGCUGGGUGUGCAGAAGCUGCGGCUAGCCGAUGAAAAAACGCUGGAGGCAUCCCUGCUGGUGCUGCCGGGAUGCGUCACCCCAUUCGCCAUUCUUAACGACGAGAAGAAGGCGGUGACCUUCUUGCUGGAUGCGAAACUGAAGGACAGCGAAAAAAUGGUCUUGGUUCACCCACUUCACAAUUUUGAAAGCCUUGAGAUCGCCGCCAGGGACAUCAUCUCCUUCCUCAUCUCCAAAGGCGUCGCAAUCGAUUUCGUUGAUUGUCAAGGCUCAAGCUCUCUUGCUGCCUAUAUAUUGACCCUGCUGGCUGCUGGUAGUAGUGGUGCUGCUGAUCCGCACUUGCUGCACUCGCCAGCAGUCUACACUGCUUCCGCCGAGCUGCAGGCCCUUUCAGAGGCUCCUGCUGAAAGCUCGAACGGCGCCGCAGCUGGCAAGAAGUCGGGUGUUGCAGCUAAGAGCACCAAGGAGGAAUCGCAGCAGCAGGAGGCCACGCUGGGAAUGACAGCCAAGAAAGCUACGAACUUUGCGGAGUGGUACACCCAAGCCAUCGUGCGAGGAGAGCUAGUUGAAUAUUACGACAUUAGCGGGUGUUACAUCAUCAGGCCCUGGGCCUACAGGAUGUGGGAGGUCGUCCAGCGCUUCUUCGACGAUAGCAUUAAACGCCUCGGAGUAGAGAACUGCUACUUUCCCAUGUUUGUCUCGCAAGCCAAGCUGGAGAGGGAGAAAGACCACGUAGAGGGGUUCAAGCCGGAGGUUGCAUGGGUCACGCACUAUGGGGAGUCUGAGUUGCCCGAAAAGGUUGCCAUUCGUCCCACAAGCGAAACAAUCAUGUACCCCGCAUAUGCCAAGUGGAUUCGAUCCCACAGAGACCUGCCACUCAAACUCAACCAGUGGAAUAAUGUCGUCAGAUGGGAGUUCAAGCAGCCCACCCCGUUCCUGCGCACGAGGGAGUUCCUGUGGCAAGAGGGUCACACCGCCCAUGCCAGUGAGGAGGAAGCCUUUGCCCAAGUCCUCGACAUCUUGGAGUUGUACAGACAGUGGUACGAGGACUACCUGGCGGUACCUGUGAUAAAGGGAGAAAAAAGCGAGAACGAGAAGUUUGCUGGCGGGAAGAUGACGACUACCAUUGAAGGAAUCAUCCCAGAAACAGGCCGAGGCAUUCAGGCUGCCACUUCACAUCUACUCGGGCAAAACUUUUCGAAAAUGUUCGGCAUCGAAUUUGAAGACGAAAAGGGGGCAAAGCAGCUGGUGCAUCAGACGAGCUGGGGCUGUACUACGCGCUCUUUGGGUGUGAUGAUUAUGACUCAUGGUGACGACAAGGGCCUGGUACUUCCUCCGCGGAUUGUCGCUGUCCAAGCCGUCAUCAUCCCUAUCAUCUUCAAGGAGAAAGGAGGAUCUGAGAUCGUUGCAAAGUGCCGUGAGCUCGAGAAAACGCUUGCAGCAGCGGGCGUGCGUGUAAAGGUGGACGACAGGACUAACUACACUCCGGGUUGGAAAUUCAAUGACUGGGAGCUGAAAGGUGUUCCUCUCAGACUGGAGAUUGGCCCACGAGACGUGGAGAACUGCCAAACCCGAGUGGUCCGUAGGGACACCUCCGAGGCGCGGAAUGUCCCUUGGGCGGAGGCGGGAUCGACAAUCCCAGCUAUGCUUGAAACCAUGCAGAAGGACCUCUUUACCAGAGCAAAAGAGCGAUUUGACGCUUCCAUUGAGAAGAUAACGUCUUUCGAAGAAGUAAUGCCGGUUCUUAAUAGGCGGCAUAUUGUUCUUGCUCCAUGCGAAUGUUGCCGGACUUUUGUGGGGCGGUCCAGGUGUGAAGACCCGGAUACAGAGACUCAGAUCAAAAAGGAAACCCAACGCCUAUCUGAGAUGCAGGCUCGUGAGAACACAGAGGGCAUGACGGGAGCAAUGAAGUCCCUGUGUAUCCCCUUCGAGCAACCUCCCAUGCCAGAGGGGACGCGCUGCUUCUUCACAGGCCGGCCAGCGAAGCGCUGGUAUUUUGGCCGCGCACACAGCGCUUGCGGUGUUGUUAAAAUCAAGGCCGCUGGUGUCAGCGACAGGGCCUGCGCGUAG